GGGAAGAACUUCCCCCCUCGGAGCGAGCCCUUUUUCAUGAUUUGCAUCUCUCCUCAGCUCGUACGUUUCAAUGUCUAAUACGAGAACAUGACAGUCAAUAACUUCUCAGAUUCGCCCUGAAGCCGACCAUUUCAAAUCGCCAACCCCAUCCACUAUGGCUUCCGUCGGCUCUCAUGCCUCCAAACCCCUAAAGGCAGUUUCAGACGAGCGCGACCCCUUUGCCAGGAUUUCCUCUUCCUCUUCCUCCUCCUCCCCUUCUUCUUCUUCUUCCGUUUUUUACAAGCUUCUGGUCAUCCGCUCUGUCAAUGCGUACUGGCUUCUCACCUUUUUCCAGCCCGAUGAGUACUUCCAGGCCCUCGAGCCUGCCUGGCAGAGGGCCUUUGGUGAUGCCAGCGCCGCCUGGUUGACCUGGGAAUGGAGACUUCAACUGCGCUCAUCCCUUCAUCCAGCCCUCUUCGCCGCCGUCUACUGGAUCGCCGACGCCUUCACUAGGUUAAUCCCGUCUGCGCUGGCCGUGCAACUGAGACCAUCUAUUCUUAUAGCCGCCCCGAAGGUGCUUCAAGUCGUAUCUGCCGCUGCCAGCGAUUGGUACGCUUGGCAGCUAGCUGCCAAGUUGUACGGCCUCAACUCUACAAGUUCCUGGUUUGCUCUUUUCUUGAGCAUAUGUAGCCCCUUUCAGUGGUUCUGCUCCACCAGGACCUUCUCCAACUCCCUCGAGACUACACUCACCAUCAUGGCCCUCUACUACUGGCCCUGGGAGCUAUUCGGUGAACGGGAAGCUGUUAAAGAGAAUCCUAAGGCUUCCGUGUUGUCCAGGUUGUCUUCUCACCCGUCGUCUUCUUCAACGGGGUUGCGGCUUAUAAACAGUCUGCGAUUCUCUCUUAUCCUAGCCGCGUUUGCUGUUGUCCUCCGUCCUACCAACCUUCUACUUUGGCUCACUAUACUCAUCACCACCCUCAUUACCUCCAGCUCCAAGCCAUCAGCCAUCAACCGGACCGUCCUCCUUGAACUCACCCGCGAAGUCAUUCUCUGCGGCUCUCUCGUUCUCACCGUCUCCCUCAUAUCUGAUCGCCUCUGGUUUGGCGAGUGGACAUUCCCCCCGUACACGUGGCUCUAUUUCAACAUCUCCCGCUCUCUCGCCGUCUUCUACGGCCGCAAUGAUUGGCACUACUACCUCUCCCAGGGCAUCCCCCUCCUCAGCAUCGCCGCCCUCCCUUUCGUCCUCGCUGCACUUUACAGAAUCCCAAAGGCUGGCUCCCGAGCUCCGGACCUGGCCCUGCGCACCCUCGCCGCCGCCGUGUACGCCAUGAUCACCGCCCUCUCACUCAUCUCCCACAAGGAAGUCCGCUUCAUCUACCCGCUCCUUCCGAUCCUCCACGUCCUCGCCGCCUCCUACGCCGCCGCCUUCUUCACCCGGCCAGCCCCGAACCGGGCGUCCGCCGCCUCUUCCGAACCUGCAUCCCGUCCCCAAUUCCGCCGCAAGGGCCUCCUCACAGCCGCUCUCGCUCUCAACAUCUCUCUAGCCGCUUUCCUAUCUCUGGGCCACCAGCCCGCACCUUUGAACGUCCUCACAUUCCUCCGGCGCGAAUUCGAGCGCCUCCAUCCCGCCGAAGCUCAAGCCCUGCCGCCGUUUACCGCAGAAGAUCAGGAUCGCCGCGACGCAGAAGAAGUCGAGCUCUUCGCCCUCUUUCUCACCCCCUGCCACUCCACGCCCUGGCGCUCCCACCUCGUCCACCCGGCCCUCCACGCCCGCGCCCUGACUUGCGAACCCCCCCUGCACACGAGCCCCGACACGCCCGAGCGCGACUCGUACCGCGACGAAGCGGACCGCUUCUACGAUGACCCCGUCGGCUUCCUGGGGCGGGAACUCUGGCCGUCGCAGAAGGAGUGGUCUGACGGCGAGGCAGUGCGCCCUGAACGGAUCCCGCGCUUCAUCGUCGGAUUUGAGGGCAUCGAGCCGUGGCUAGACGAGUUUUUCGCUCGCGGUCCAGGAGCCGGGUUUGGCGUGCAUUUGAAGAGGGUGUGGGAGGGAUGGAACGGCUUUUUUAACGAGGACUGGAGGAGGCGAGGCAAGUUGGUCGUCUGGGAUACAGGCGUGUAUGCCGAUUGAUUCUGCUCGAGUUAACCCUAACCUCAUUGCGUAUGGGAAACGGUGAAAAAGCUGUGAAAUACGGACUAUUGUA